CUCGAUAGUAAAUCAGUAAUAAGCAAUCGACGACAUGGCUCAACUACAGAAGCUGGAGACGAAGGUUGCAAUGAAAUCACCAGAGAAGAUCGCAGCUUUCUUCAGGGACAGCUUCACCUCUUUCCCUCAAUUGGUCCCUGACGUUGUCAAGACUGCUGAGGUCAUGGGCGGCGGCCACAAGGCAGCAGGGCCUGGCUCCGUAUUGCUUCUCCAAUAUUCCUUCCCUGGGACCCCCUUAAUGAGCGUGAAGCUCAAGUGGGAAGAAGAAGCCAUGGAAGAAGCAGGAGACGGGAAGAAGUCGUGCUUGUUCACGGUGAUAGAAGGAGAGGUGCUGGAGAUGUACAAGAGUUACAGUCUGAAGAUUGAGAUGGACAGUGACGCUGGACUGUCAGGAUGGACGAAUGAGUACGAACUGGCGAACCCUAAUGUUGCUCCUCCUCAUGACUAUAUCGAAGCAUGCAAGCUGCUUGCUAAAGCCUGCGAUAAAUACUGCUGAAGGUUUUCUAUGCAUAAAUAACAAUUCUACUGUACGUUACUACAGUGUUAUAGUACCCAUGACGAUCAGCUCACUAGUGAAUUGGUUUCCAGGGAUUAAAUAAGAGACCACGAGGGCAACGGGCUGCGUUGUCCUCUGGCAUUUUAAGUUGUGUUUGACUGUUUGAGGUCUAGAAUCUCAGUGGAAUUAAAAAAUCGUAUUGCAAUGU